UUAGAUAAUAUUCACAAGAUAAUACUACAUAUGUUUAAUUACCACCAUUUUGAUCCAUUUCUCAGAUGACUUUUAAAACCACGAUGCCGGGCCGGAGCUAUAGAAAUGGUGGCAACGUUUUGCGCUGAGCUGGAUCUCCCUCUGAAGUCGACUCAUCGAGUCUGGGGGGUAACCCGGAAGUGCAGCUCGCAAACAGUCUAGCACAAAAGUUCACCGAACACCCACACAAACACUUUGCUAACUAUUCUUCUUGCUACUGUCACGUCGUUCACCUUUUGUAAAAUGCCCGAAAUACACACGCCAAGGGUUGUGGCCGUCUGGAGCAGCACCAGUGAAGGCCUGGAGGGCUUCAAGGCCCAUGCUGUGUUUCAGGAGAUUAACAAGAAACUGCAGCAGGUGAAGGACGGCCCGGGCGGGAAGGAGGCGACGUGGUUUGUGGACGUCAAGAAUGGCAGUGGUCGCGUGCACAAUGACACAGCCAAGAAAGCGGACUGCACCAUCGCCAUGUCCGACUCUGACCUGCUCGCCUUGAUGACCGGAAAGAUCAACCCUCAGACAGCCUUCUUCCAGGGUAAGCUGAAGAUCACCGGCAACAUGGGCCUGGCCAUGAAGCUGCGCAACCUGCAGCUGCAGCCCGCCAAGGCCAAGCUGUAGAUGGCACAGGACGAGACUCUGCUCUGUAAGUUGGGCCUUGCUGGGGAGUCGCCACUUGAGACUUGACUGCGACUUGUUGCAGGAGGGCCUCCAAGAUGGACUCCCUCCCUCCCACACAUGUUUUCCAUUUAGCGCUGCAGCCUCUCCCACCUUUGAUUAUCUGGAAGCGUUUCCUGCUCCCUCGGACAGCGUGGGCGUUUUUUUUCUUUUUUUUGCAGCUCACCCUCCCAAGAAAGAAUUUGAUGCAUUUGGAGCCAGCCACUUUGUGUUUGUUGCGUGUCCGCUUUGACGGAAGCUUGCGGAUUGCCGCACUGGCUGCACUUGUCUUGUUGACGUGACCCACUUUUCUGCCCGGUGCUCACAGCGGGAUUACUCAUGUUGGAGCCCACCGGGAUGUUUGCGGUAUUUAUGUCGUACACACCCCCUCCCCCUGCUCCGAGGGGUGUGCGCGUGUGCAAAGGACACACCUCUACAUCUUCCCAUCUUUCGUCUUUCUUCAGUUCUUCAGUAGUUCAGACUUUUUUUUUUCCCUCUUGCCCUGUUCGGUUUUGCUUUGCCAAUUAAAGUAGAGCAAGGAACUGGAAGUGCACAAUUUUCUACACUCUUGACCUUGUAUUGUUUUUCAAUCCCACUCUGCUCUUGAUCUGUGAUGUGGCGUCCGGUUACCAGGACCACCAACAGGAAACAUCCCCAAAAUGUUUUCAGGACUGACUCUAAACACCCAAGUCCUUUUAGUGUCUGGGAAAAACAAAUGUAUACAACUCAAUCUUGGAAUGAUCUUCAUUUGAUUUAAGAUGUCAAGCAUAACAACAGCGAUGGGUUCUUUUUUUGCCCCUAUCAACCUUUUCCUGUAUGAUUAAAUUCAAAGGAUUACAAUAAAGUUUGUUUUCAUACCAAGUA